UCAGGCUUUGCUGUCAUGGAAAAUGUCUUGCAAGAUUUCCUCCUGCCGGGUUGCUUGGCAGCCUUGCUGGCAUCAUCGCUUGCUUUGCCUCCGUUCUUUCUCUUCUCCCCACCUCUUUCAGAAAAAAAAGGGAAGGGCCUCACGUGGAGUAAAUAUUAUGGGUGGGGAGUGGCGUGGGAAGUGCAUAAAAGGGACAGGCGGUGUGCUCGCCCAGAGACGAUUAUGCUCACGCUUUCUCUUGCUCCAGAGCUGGGACUGCUCAGUUGUAGGGUUACCGCCGGCCUCGGGGAGGCCAUGAGAAAGCUGGAGGGGGGCUCUUUUCGGAACAAGCCCUGGAAGAAGCUGAAAAACAUGGUGCAUUGGUCGCCUUGUGUCGUGUCUUUCCGGAAGCGCUACCCGUGGGUGCAGCUUGCUGGCCAUGCAGGGAACUUCAAGGCUGAUGAUUUUGGACGUAUCCUGAAGAAGUAUUGCCCCAGCGAGCAGCAAUGCUUGGAACGCCUGCUCUGCGAUGUCUUGCAGCCUUACGUCCCGGUGUACUACGGAGUGGUGGAACACGGCGGAGAGACCUACAUCCAGAUGGAGGAUUUGCUAGCCGGCUUUGAUGGCCCAUCCAUCAUGGACUGCAAAAUGGGAGUCCGGACGUACCUUGAGGAGGAACUGGAGAAGGCGAGGCAGCAGCCCUGCCCGCGCCGAGACAUGUAUGACAAGAUGGUGGCCGUGGACCCAGAGGCUCCCACACCGGAGGAACACGCCCAGCAGGGAAUCUUGAAACCUCGCUACAUGCAGUGGAGGGAGACGCUCAGCUCCACCACUUCCCUUGGGUUUCGCAUUGAGGGCGUCAAGAAGGCUGAUGGCACCUGCAACACUAGUUUUAAGAAGACCCGGCAAGCAGAGCAAGUCAUCCAGGCCUUUUGGGACUUUGUGGAUAAUAACCAAAAUACUCUGAAAAGCUACCUGGAGCGGCUCAAGGAAGUGAGGACAGCGCUUGAACAGUCAGAGUUCUUCAAAGUGCAUGAGGUGGUUGGCAGCUCCCUGCUCUUUGUCCACGACCACACAGGCCUGGCUCGGGUCUGGAUGAUUGACUUUGGCAAGACUGUCCCCCUUCCAGAAAAACAGACGCUGACGCACCGCUUGCCGUGGGUGGAAGGCAACCGGGAGGACGGCUACUUAUGGGGCUUGGACAAUCUCGUUGCCAUCUUGGAGAACAUGCUGGGGGAGUGAGCAAUCCGUAAGAAAAGACAAGACUGCCAGCUCGGUCCCAAUGACUUUGCCUUUAAUUUAUUCAGCCAGAUAUGCUACCAAACCUGGGGAAGCCCUGAAAAUUCCUGGAGGAAGACUGGAAAGCACCAGGGCUACCGCAGAAGGACUUCCAAGUUCCCGGAAGUGAUCUAGAGCUAGUCAUCUUUGGAAAAAUCCUGGUUUUGCACAACCAGAGUCGUUGCAUCUCAGCAUUAUUUAUUGUAGCAACGAAGAUCUGGUUGGGACCCUAACUCUGCUCCAGAAUCUCUGUUUCUUGGAAGGAGAUUGCAAAGGUUUCUGAUAAACCUUACCCCAGGAACCAAAUCUGAAGAGAGGCCCUAAGGGUAUCCAGUGUAAAGGUGGACUGUUACGAGGAAGCUGAGUAUCAUAUUUCUGCAAUAAGGACUCAAGAAGGUGGAAAGCAAAAAGAAUGAGGUUUAUUUAAAGCUGUUCCCUAAGCCUCAUCUUUGUCAGACAAAACGUGUGGUUUCUCUUCCAAGAAGCUCUAACUUUCAAAAUAUUUGCUUCAAUGAGACAAAGAGAACCAAAACACUUGUUUUAUAAUUUGAUGCCUAUGAGAUAGGGUUUAAAAAAAUACUUCAGCAAUGGUCAGGCGGCCUGUUUUAUGGUGCUGGAUAUACAAUUGUUUUAACAAGCAGUAAAUGCUUGGGUAGAAGUUUUCCCGCUGGGUUUUUCUAAAGGGUGGUAAAUGGGGAGGGGGAAAGCUCUGUUGCACCCCACUGGAGAACAGAGAUGCUCCUCUAUUAUUACUAUGUUUUGGGUUUCUUUGGGUUUCCUAUGUAAAUAUUGAAAUAUAAAACGGUUUUUUUUUAAGGGAUGUGACUAAGAGAAACAUGUGCAGUGCCUUUUUUGACUCCUUUCAAAGUGAAACACUUGUCUUAUAUGAGUGAGAAAGAAAAAUAUUUCGAUGUUGUUGAGUUGCUCUGGGAAUGAGAUCAUGUCGGUCUUACUAUAGCUGCAGUUGCUACACUGCACACUAUUGCAGAUGCAUGUGUGUGGUUUACAGUCGCACACAUAGACCAGAUCAGGCAUGGACAAAGUUUGGCCCUCUAGGUGUUUUGGACUUCAACUCCCACAAUUCCUAACAGCUGCUAGGCUGUUAGGAAUUGUGGGAGUUGAAGUCCAAAACACCUGGAGGGCCAAAGUUUGCCCAUGCCUGGACCAGAUCUUAUUUAUUUAUUUACAGUAUUUAUAUUCCACCCUUCUCACCCUGAAAGGAACUCGGGGCGGAUCACAGAACAUACAUAUGUGGUAAGCAUUCAAUACUGUUUAUACACAAACAAGACAGACAACUUUACAUAGAGGUAUAGGCUUUUUCCAUCUUCAGCAUCUUAGAGGUUUGUGCUCAGUUCCGGCCAUGGGAUAUAUGUGUGUGUGUGUACUGUUGUUCCAUUUCCCUACCAAAGAGCUUUAUUCGUAAACUUCCUCCUUGAUUGAAUUGCCAGCAUUUUUCUAGUAUCUCCUUAUGGGUGUCUUAAUACUUCCCCGCUUUUUAAAAAGCGGUACCUAUUUAUCUACUCACAUUUUGCUUUCAAACUGUUAGGCAGGCAGAAGCUGGACUAAAGGCCAGGAGCUCACCCUGACCCUGGCUUCGAACUGUCAACCUUUCGAUUGAUAAAAUAUGCCACAACUGGUGGUUUCAUCUGCUCUGCUAAAGCCCAGUAGUGAAGGGAAGGGAUUAUUUAGCAAAUGCUGUGCGCAAGAGCCAGUAGUGGGGUCUGGCACUCAAGGAAUCCAUUGACCGACCACACAUAACAUCUAUCUCAGUGAGAUCCUUUGUGGACAACCAUAAAGGGUCUCACAUUUCUUCUUGUUCUUUCAUUUCAAAUAUAUUGUUUUCUUCGUGAGAAUAUCUUUGUAAGUUGGCGAAUCUUUCCAGCCCAAUAAUCUUGUGUUGCUUCUAAUGGUGAUAGCCAGAAGAGUGUUUUGUUGUGAAAUCUAUUCUUAUAUUUGUCCCAUAUUUUAAUUAGUGCCGCCCUUAUAAAGUGGUUGCCGAAAUUC